AGAAGUUGUCAGUUGUCGUCUGUUUUGCUACUGUACUUUCAUUUUUUGGGAAUUUCGGGCGUUCCAAGCAGCGGCGGAUUUCGCAUGUUGUGAUGCUGUCGUUCGCCUCAUUGUUUUUUCGCGUGUUUAGAAGCUUUGGGUGGCGGACAUUGCAGUGGGCCAGGGCUUGUUGACAUUUGUUGCCCAGCUGCCGUUGCUACCGCAGUGACAUGCUAAGGCAAGUGUUUCUUCUACGAGCUUCGUGCUGUUACCCGUGCUUUUGCUGAAGCUUGUAGGAACAACCGCCCUGUUCGUGCGGUAUAAGAGACCUCGAAAUUCCAGUGAGCGCGAUACGAUUGCCGCAGUCUCGCAGAGAUCGCGGGAUAGUCCAUUCGUGCCUUCGAUGAGCACCGCCGCAGUUCCUACGCACUGCCCUUUGUUUUUAAACAGACAGCCACAGUGGUGCGGCCGUGUCUAGUGGAGAUGUAAAAGAGGUGGCAGCUCCCACGUGCCACCACAUCGGUGUACUCAACUGUUAGUGCCGGCAAAUGCACCAUUACGGAUUACUACCCAUGCGGAGGUUCUGCUGAUUUCUUCUGCCUGCACCUUGUAUUUGUUGGGCCCACCAAGAUCUGGCCUCUCUCUGCCUUGUUGACAAUUAGCCCCAAGUACUGAUUGCUGCUUGUUUGCUCAGUGCAGAAUCUGGCCUCACAAAUGCAAUGAGCCUUGGUAAAUGCAUAACUGUUGCCAUAGUGGCAUGCCAGGCCCCUUCCAAGGUCGUCGGAAAGGUCAAGGUUGGCACGCAGUGCAGCUUGCCACUGGCUCACAAGUCUGUCGGGUGCUCCUUCAAAGCACAGCGCGUGUCGAGGAGCGUGCAGACUACAGAGGCUGUGGAUGAGUCAAGCUCCACCUCAGGGAGGCAUCAUGACUUCCCACCAACAGUCAAGCGUGAGGAAUUGCAGCAAAGCUGCCUCUACCAUUGUGACUGUUGCAACUAUGUGACUGCCAGGUUGCCUGCUCUCAUUAUACACAAGCGCAAGCAUACGGCAUCAAGGCUUUCUGUUUCUCCAUCAACAGCCGAGGAUGACAAAUCACAGAAGGGACGCCUCCACAGCUGUAAAAUCUGUGACCAUGAAACUAAGAACCUGUGUGAUCUUAAAAGGCACAUGAGGGUCCAUACUGGCGAGCGUCCAUUUAAAUGCCACUUCUGCCCUCAAAGCUUCUCAGAAAAGACUAAUUUGAACAUACACCUACGGAUCCACACAGGCGAAAAGCCAUUUCACUGUCCCUCCUGCCCUCAGAUGUUUCGGAACAGUAGCGAUUUGAACAGGCACCUGCGCAUCCACACGGGUGAGCGUCCGUUUAAAUGCCAUUUGUGCCCCCAGAGCUUCUCACAAAGGCCCCCCCUGAAAGCACACCUGCGCACCCACACAGGCGAGAAGCCAUUUCAGUGCCCAUCAUGCCCUCAGAGCUUUUCACAUAAAGCCAAUUUGAACAAACACCUGCAGAUCCACGCAGGCAAAAAGCCAUGUCACUGUGCCUCGUGCCCUAAGACAUUUCGGAAAAGUAGCGAUUUGAACAGGCACCUGCGUAUCCACACGGGUGAGCGUCCGUUUCAAUGUAAUUUCUGCCCCCAGAGCUUCUCACAAAGGUCCACUCUGAAAGGACACCUGCGGAUCCACUCAGGCGAGAAGCCAUUUCAGUGUUCUUUGUGCCCUCAGAGCUACUCGCAAAAGUCCAGUAUGAAGUUGCACAUGCGUACCCACACAGGGGAGAAGCCAUUUCAGUGCCCUUCAUGUGCUCAGAGAUUCUCGCAGAGGAGUACCAUGAAGCAACACCUGCGUAUUCACACAGGUGACCGACCACACCGCUGCACCAUCUGCUCCAUGUCUUUUGUGCGGGCUGAUUACUUGAGUAAACACAAAGAAAGAAAGCAUCCUGACACUGUAGAUUAUAUCAACAGCUAUGUUAAACUAGCCUGAAUUAGGAAUCUAUAGAACUUCAUCAGUAGUAAAAUGCUAGAAUGUCUGCCUCAUAUGUGGGAGGUCGUGGGUUCGAAUCUUGAUGUAGCUGAAAAUCCAUUGGUUCUUCUAAUGAGUAGAGAUGUACCACCACGUGGCGCUAGGUUGUUUAUACGUGUUGUCACCUCGGGUUGGUGGCAUGUGACCGCCAGACUCCUUUUUGAGAUGUGUGUCGUGCGUUAACGCGAUAGCGUUAAGGGCUUCGUGUUGCAGAAAAUCCGGCUUCGGUGCUGGCUUGCGAUGUCAGCGUCCAUGGCGGAGAAAAUCCUCCCAUACCACCCCAACCGCGCAGGCCCUCCACAAGGUGCAAGGUUCUGGUGAACAAAAAUUUAAUAUCUCACAGUGGAAUCCGUCAGAAAAACAGUAAAGUACGACUUAACCACAACCUACAGUCAUGGCGGCGUCGGAUAGUAAUUUGAAUGUACGAGAAAACAUAAUUCUGUUACAAGGGAACUCAAACACAAACCCCUUUUCCAGCAUUUCUACCAUACCAACAUUGGUUUGCUCAGUUAAGGUACUUGCGAAAAUGAUAUCCAGAUGGCGCUCGCAUCCUAGGCAGGUCAAAUUGGUACUUCGCCUGCCUAAUGCGUUUUGGACACACGCUCGCGUCGGGGAAAUAGCAAACAAUUAAAAAAAUAAAAAGGUGCUAGGGCCUUCACAUAUUAAUAUAAACGACUUAUAUUGGCCCUGGAAAAAACGUCUUCCCAGCAAUGCAUUUCUGUUUAAAAGUGAAGCCGACUUUAAGGGGAUCGGUGUAAGCUUGGUCUUUGUAAGCUGGCUUUCCCAUGUUCUGUGUUGCAGUGAAGCCCACCGAAAGAAAAAUGCGGUGCGAACAGGGCCUGAUAACGCUGUCUCGUUACACUCUUAAAGGCGAAGCUUAAGUUUCCAACAGUUUUUGUAUGUCUUGACUUUUUCACUGCAAGCACAGCGGUUUACGAACCUCUACCAAGCAACGUAAUGUGGUUGAUAUGUGUUUAGAGAUUUAGCACUGUCUUGCGUAUGCUGCUAGUGCUGAUUGCAUUGUGCUGUGGGCUUCACUCAUGCUCUUAAUGGCAGCUUUUACCCACAGCCUUCAUCUUUUUUGUGUAAAUAAAGUUGUACUGGUAUUUUGUUAUUGUACAUGUGUAGCAUGCUGUGUAAUGUUAUGCUGCAUCGUUAGCUCAGGUUUUACCAUAUGCUGUUAAAUAUUGAACUGCCAAGUGACUUCACAGGAUGUUCCUGCCUAAUCUAGGAAGUUGUAGGAACACAUAUGCAGUAAUAUUGUUACAGUGCAACCAAGAGUGGCGCUAGUCAGAAGAAGACGAUUUGACGUGUGGAGGUAGAAUCGGUCUCGCCAGCCAUUUUGUGUAUGUAUCGUUGCCUCUCUAAUUAUUUUAAAUACCCUUGUAUAUGUAAUAAUAGAGGCGCAAGAGCAUUCACAGCUGCUCAGGCUAUCCGGCACCCCGGCACGCCGCAAGAUACUCGACGAGAUGGGCCUCUACCCUGUCAACCAGUGCCCCAACGCCGUGCAAAUUCCCAGCGACAUCAGAUCUCACCUGC